GAUAUUACAGUUAGUAUUUGCGUUCAAUUAAUUGGUUGCCAUUAAUACUCCACUUAUUGAUUGUUGGAAACACUUUUGUAUGACUUUUCCCUAUCAAUAGAUAGAUAGGGAAUACUCUUGAAAAAGGGGCGGAAUUGGUAUCAAUUAUUUUUUAAGACCACAUUUAUUUUACUGACAUUUAUCGGCGAGAAAGUGAGAUUGAGGCACAGCAACAACGACAACAACAACUACCGCUGCGGACAACAAGAGACAACACCCGCAAGACAACAAUGGGGUCACUGUUCCGGUCAGAGCCGAUGACACUGUGUCAGCUGUUUUUGCAAAGUGAGGCCACCUAUAACUGUAUCGCCGAAUUGGGUGCACUGGGUUUGGUCGAGUUUAAGGACCUGAACGGCCAGAUCAACGCCUUUCAGCGCCGGUUUGUCAACGAAAUUCGCCGGUGCGACGAAAUGGAGCGCAAACUUCGCUUUCUGGACAAAGAGAUUCGCCGCGAACUGAUACCAGUGCUCGACAUCGGCGACGAUCCCGAACCGCCGCAACCGAAAGAGAUGAUUGAAUUGGAGCAGACGUUCGAGAGGUUGGAGACUGAACUCAAAGAUGUCAACCAUAACGCAGAAGCGCUGAAGAAGACCUACUCGGAGUUGGUUGAGUUGAGACAAAUACUCAACAAAAGUGAUUAUUUUCUGGACGAAGCCGAGAACAGACAACGUCGCGAAUCGCUCGGCGCCACUGACGAUACCACUCGAAUACUGCCGGACGACUCUCAUCACCCGUACUCUACGGGUCGGCUGUCGUUUGUGGCCGGAGUUAUACGACGCGACCGACAGAUGACUUUCGAGCGUAUGCUUUGGCGCGUCUGUCGCGGAAAUGUUUUUCUCCGUCAACGAGAAAUUGAUAAACCAUUGGAAGAUCCAACUACUGGUGAUUUAGUAUUCAAGUCAGUGUUCAUCAUCUUCUUCCAGGGCGACCAACUGAAAGCCAAAGUCAAGAAGAUAUGCGAAGGUUUUCGGGCGACAAUAUAUCCGUGUCCUGAGGACGCCGCCGAUAGACGUCUAAUGGUCAGCAAUGUGUUGUCCCGUAUUGACGACCUAAACACUGUUUUGAGUCAGACCAACGAACACCGACACCGUGUACUACUGGCCUCAGCUAAGAAUUUGCGAAAUUGGUUCAUAAAAGUCAGAAAAAUGAAAGCCAUCUUUCAUUCGAUGAAUAUGUUUGCCUUUGAUGUCACCCAAAAGUGUCUGAUAGCCGAGUGCUGGUGUCCUACCGAUCGAUUGGACAACGUUAGGAUGGCCUUACGGUAUGGAACCGAACGCAGCGGUUCGUCGGUGCCGUCUAUCUUGAACCGUAUGGAGACUAGCGAACAGCCGCCGACGUUCAACAGGACUAACAAAUUUACUGUUGGUUUCCAAACUAUUGUUGACGCUUACGGUGUGGCCAACUAUGGCGAAGUAAAUCCUGCGCCGUAUACUAUCGUUACGUUUCCAUUCCUGUUUGCCGUUAUGUUUGGUGACGCCGGUCACGGCGUUCUCAUGGCUUUAUUCGCCCUUUGGAUGGUUCUCAAGGAACGCCAAUUAGCCGCACAAAAGUCCAACAAUGAGAUUUGGCUAACCUUUUUCAAUGGUCGAUACCUUAUCCUAUUGAUGGGACUGUUUUCCAUUUACACGGGAUUCAUAUAUAACGACUGUUUUGCCAAAUCGAUGAACAUAUUUGGCUCUCAGUACGUGGCGCCGUCACCGCAGGACGUGGCCAUUAACAAGACAGAUGUACCGCGCUUUACAACUGCUUCAUACGGAUUAAACUCGAAAAUUAAUAUCAAACACGACAGUCUGCCCUAUCUGUUAGGUAUUGAUCCUAUUUGGCAGGUCAGCGAAAACAGGAUAGUAUUCCUCAAUACAUACAAAAUGAAAGUGUCGGUCAUUCUCGGUGUUAUGCAAAUGCUUUUCGGUGUUAUACUGUCCCUAUGGAACCACACGUACUUCAAGAAAUAUAUUAACAUAUUUGUCGAAUUCAUACCUCAGGUAUUGUUCCUGUUAUGCAUUUUCGGUUAUAUGAUAGGCAUGACAUUCGCCAAAUGGUUUCUAUACGACGAGACCAACUCGAAUGAUGCCCCGUCGGUACUCAUCUGUCUUAUCAAUAUGUUUUUGUUCAAAUACGACGCCGACGAUGACCCUAAAGCGCCUAAAUAUCUGAAACAAUGGUAUCCCAACCAGAAACUUAUACAAACAAUUUUGUUGGUAAUAGCAUUGAUAUGUGUGCCGUGGAUGUUGGCCAUCAAACCGUGGUAUUUGAAUCGGGUGGAUAAGAAAAAGCAGGCGCUUAUCCGCCGUCAUUCUGACGGUAACGACACCAGCGUCUUAGUGGUUGUCGAAGACUCGAACGAUAGUGGCGGCGGCGGACACGAUGGUCACGGAGGCGGACCAUUCGAUUUAGGUGACACCAUCAUCAAUCAGGCCAUUCAUACCAUUGAAUACUGUUUGGGGUCCAUAUCCCAUACGGCCAGUUAUUUGCGUCUUUGGGCACUAAGUCUGGCCCAUUCGCAGCUCAGUGAUGUACUCUGGAAUAUGGUGAUGAAAAUUGGCUUAACUGGCCUCGAGGGUAUGCCAUAUUUUGUUAAUGGUAUCGUAAUGUUCCUUAUAUUUGCCAUCUGGGCUGGCCUUACCGUCUCUGUCCUAUUGGUUAUGGAGGGUCUGAGCGCUUUCCURCACGCCCUACGUCUACAUUGGGUUGAAUUUCAGAGCAAGUUUUACAGCGGCGCCGGUAUCAUGUUUCAGCCGUUUUCGUUUGAAGUUAUCCUCGAUGUGGCCGAAAAAGAAGCCGAAGCGGCCAUUUCGGCUGCAUCGGCCAACUCCUAAUAAAUAUAUAUCAAUAUUAUAAAAUGACAUUUAAUUAUUAUAUAAAUACAGUAAAUUACUACCGGGUAUAAUACUAUAGUAUUUUUUGUUGGUGACAUAUACAGUACAUACURAGUUUAUAUACGGUAGUGAAAUAUAAUUGAAAAUAAUAAUUAUUUUUGUAUUUUUUAAAAAAUUAUUCUUAUAAAUUAUU